GGUUCAGUAUAAUCGAAUCAGCCUAGUGUCGAUAAAAACUGUAUAAUAAAGCAGGGGUUACGCAAGUACAUUUGAGGACCGGCACGCGCCAACCGUGUGUUUGUGGACUGACAUAAUACAGUAGAAGAAGAUUUUUAGGCAACAAACGCACUUGGUUUGGGAUACGCCUUUUGAAAUAACAUGGGUAAUUGUCAUACUGUUGGACCAAAUGAGGCCCUUGUUGUUUCAGGUGGUUGCUGUGGCUCCGAUGGGAAGACCUAUGUGGUGGGAGGCUGGUCAUGGGCCUGGUGGCUCAUCACAGACAUCCAGAGGAUGUCUCUGGAGAUAAUGACCAUCCUCUGUCGCUGUGAGAAUAUCGAAACCUUGGAGGGUGUCCCCCUGGAUGUGACAGGGGUGGCUCAGGUGAAGGUGAUGGUAGACAAUGAGCUGCUAGGCUAUGCCUGUGAACAGUUCCUGGGGAAAUCUGUGAUCGAGAUAAAGAGUGUCAUUCUGCAGACCCUGGAGGGUCAUCUACGCUCUAUCCUCGGUACUCUGACGGUAGAGCAGAUCUACCAGGACAGAGACAGGUUUGCUGCUCUUGUGCGGGAGGUGGCAGCGCCUGAUGUGGGCCGCAUGGGCAUCGAGAUACUCAGCUUCACCAUCAAGGAUGUGUAUGAUAAAGUGGAGUACCUGAGUUCCCUGGGGAAGAGUCAGACGGCCGCAGUACAGAGAGAUGCCGAUAUUGGAGUGGCCGAGGCAGAGAGAGACGCGGGAAUCAGGGAAGCAGAUUGUAAGAAAGAGAUGAUGGACGUCAAGUUCCAAGCAGACACCAAGAUGGCCGAUUCGAAACGAGGGCUGGAGAUGCAGAAGGCUGCUUUCAAUCAAGAAGUCAACACGAAGAAAGCAGAAGCCCAGCUGGCCUACGAGCUGCAGGCUGCCAAGGAGCAGCAGAAGAUCCGUUUGGAGGAGAUAGAGAUUGAGGUGGUUCAGAGGAAGAAGCAGAUCACCAUCGAGGAGAAGGAGAUUGACCGCACAGAAAAGGAGCUCAUCGCCACGGUCAAGAGGCCGGCCGAGGCUGAGGCCUACAAGAUGCAGCAGCUGGCCGAYGGACAGAAGAUGAAGAAGGUGCUGAUGGCCCAGGCAGAGGCAGAGAAGAUCCGUCGUAUCGGUGAGGCAGAGGCCGGUUCCAUAGAGGCUAUAGGGAAGGCUGAGGCUGAGAAGAUGAGGCUGAAGGCUGAGGCCUACCAGCAUUAUGGAGAUGCUGCAAAGACUGCUCUGGUCUUAGAGGCCCUGCCUAAGAUUGCUGCCAAGGUGGCGGCACCCCUGGCCCGGACCAAUGAGAUCGUCAUCCUGAGCGGGGACGGUGGCCGUGUGACCGGCGAGGUGAACCGCCUAUUGGCUGAGCUCCCUGUGUCUGUCAACGCACUCACAGGGGUGGACCUGAUGAAGAUCCCUUUGCUUCAGAAGAUGAUCAACCCUCAAGCAUAAAAACAAUCCUGUGCACCUUGACUCAGUACAUUUCUUUAUGCACUCUUUAAAUCAACUGCCUUCACCUAGAAACAUUUGAAAACAAGUAUAGUUUUUUUUUUACUAGAAGAGUCUAGAUGUUUUCAUUUUCCUAAAUCCCUGGUGCCUUAGCUCUAUAGGGCCAGAUCAUCUGUAUGUACCACUGCUUUUUUGUUAUACAUGUUAGUUUUUCUUGUAGUUACCCCAUUCUGUUGUACUAACACUUGUCUACAUUGUAGAAAAGGGACAUUCAUCAUGGUUGUUCGGUGCAGGCCUUAUUCUGGUCUGAAAGGUCUCGCCAGGUCUUCAUUGUUAUUCUUUUGUUCAUUGUGUUACAUAAUGCAUUGGAUGUGCCUGUGGUUUUGUAUAGUUAAUGAAAGUAUUUCAGAUAUUUCGUCUCAAAUGUUACUUUUUUUCAUUCUAAUGUGCAGUCAGUGCCUGGUUACCAACCAAGUGGCUAAACCUCAGGAAAAGUAAUGGUUUGGCAAUUCUAUAGUCUAGUGAUACUACAGUAAACCUCCAUUUACCAUCUCAAUGAGAGAUGUAGAAAUAUUGUCCUCCCCAUCCUCAUGCCAUCUGCCUUGAAAGCAGAAACAUUGGCAUUCCAUCUUAUUCUUCAGUAGAAUCUUUUAUUUCAUUCUUCAUCUUAGGUAUGGGAGGUGUGCAUUCUUAGGUAGACAACACACAGAAAACAUAGACAUUAACACAUGUGCAUGGAUCUACAAGUCUGUAUGAAGCCAUAUACUGUCAAAGUUAGCCUUAAUAUAGAGACCCAGGAGUCCUGCUAGCUUUCCUGAUCAUCUGGAUUACCUCAAUCAAUCUAAGCUUUAAUACUUGUUAUUUCCAACUAUUGAGAUAUCAUAUGGCAUGAUAUGUAUUUCAGUCUCUUAGGGUAGCCAAUGUUGUGUUAUAUCAUCUUUUGGUUACAUUCUGUUAAAUUCUUUAUAAACUAUUAUGUAACUUA